CUUCAGGUUCGAAAACCAAUGGAAAUAACAGAAGAGUGGACUUGACUAAUGAAUAGUUGACAGCUGCGAAAUGGAAAAGUAAAAGGAGAGAAAGCGCGAGGGAUGGUGUGAAGAGGAGCGACGCUAAGCCGCCAGCGCUGCAGCGUUACUCCGGAGAAUCCACAUGGAAUGCGUUAUCACAAUGAAAUCCUAUGUUGUUUUUUUUAAAGGUGUAUGAAUAAUUAACGAGUUGGACAAACGCGCAGCCAAAAAAAACAGUGCGAUACUGGGAUUUCGAAUCGAUACGAGGGAAUAAGGUAAAAGGGGAAAAGUAUGUACCGUGCAUUAUCCUUCCCAAUGACGGCGGAGCGUAGUCGGAAUAAGGAGCGCCUAGAGGCGAGCUUAGCCGGUCUGCGCGAACUGGAGCUGCUGAAGCAGAGGCAGGAGUUCCUGGUGCUCAGAGCGCUGUCCCUCGGAGACGCCACCCCGGGGCAUGCCUCUUGGGGUGACCUCCAGCCACCCCGCUCCGCCCCCCCGGCCCUUAACCGAGCGCAAGACGACUUGACUUUGAGACGUCAGCUGAACAGCCUGCAGUGCGCAUCCUGGGGCCUGAUGGCAGAGCUGGAGCAGCAGGUGGGGGAGCUGAGGGUGGAGGCGGAGCCUGUCUGUGACGAGCCACCUGGCGACAAGGGAGACAGCCGGCCCAGCUCAGGGUUCUACGAGCCCAGCGAGGUGCAGUCCUCGGCCGGCCUGUCCGACUCCUCAGUUUUCGGGGAGCUCUCCCCCGGCCCCGUCCGGGCAGUGAGGGCCGCCUACGCCGGCGAGAGGCCCAAGUCUGUGGGGGAUGUGUUCGUGGCGAACCGGGACGGGCUUUUGGAGACCGGCCCCCUUUCCCUGGUGCCGCGCUCCUUCUCGGCGCCGUACCCAUCCCUGGAGGGCAUCGAGGAGGGCCUGGGCGAGGAGGAGGCCUGGGUGUGGGACCCCAGCGGCCCCUCGGGCCUGGAGGACGAGCCCACGGCCGAGGACUACCAGCAGGCCCGGCGGGUGCACUCCUACAUCCUGGGCCUGAUCCAGCGCCGGGCCCUGCCCCAGAGGCCCUGCAAGCCGCGCACCAGCCUGGGGCCCGACUUCCGCGCCGUGGCCCGGCAGAGCAGCCUGUGCCGCAAGGAGCCCGAGCUCCGGCCCGCGGCCCCCGAGGCCCCCCCCGUCUGGGCCUGCCGCGGCCCCGAGCAGGAGGAGCCGUACGGGGGCCCGGAGGAGCCCCUGCCUCUGCUCUACGCCCGUCCCAGGCCCGCCUGUCUGGCGGGGAUCCGGUCCGCCUCGCUGGACUUCCCCUGCGGAGUGCGGGACCCCGCGGCCGAGGAGGGGGACUCGCCCCGUUUCCACGGCUACCCGCCGCCGGAGGACCGGCUGGUGAACGCCCAGUACAUCCCUGCCCAGCCCUGCCGCGCCCCCGCCCGAGGCCCCGCCCACCGGGCCCCGCCCCCUCCCCCGCCCAAACCCGGCCGGGCCUCCUGCUCCCCGGAGGGGCCGCCCCAGAGGGCCCGGCCCGCCCCCAAAAAGUGCCGCCUGAGCGAGGAGCGGGCCCCGGGCCCCCGGAAGCCCAGCCGGAAGGCGUGCCGCUCGCAGUCGGAGAACAGCCUGGUGGGGGGCCAGCGGGGGGGCGCGGCCGAGCGCAAGUACAACACGGUGGAGCGGGACGGGGGGCGGGGGGGCCAGCCCAGGACCAGGCGGCCCCCGCCGGUGGGCGCCGGCUGCCGCCGCUGGCGCUCCACGCUGGAGCUGAGCCAGGACGAGGCCGAGCUCCCGGGCGACCAGGCGCCGCGAAGGGCGGCCCGCAAGCCCCGCCUCCCGCCUCCGUACCCCUACGGCCACGCCCACGGCCCCGCCCUCCCGCCGCACCCCCGCCACCUGGCCGAGUACCUGGAGCGCGGGCCGCCGUGCCGGCCGGAGGAGGGCUACGCGCUGCCGCCCCCCGGUGGCGAGUCCGAGUCCAGCCUGAGCGAGGCCGACUCGCCCGGCUCCACCUCGCUCUCCAGCGACUCGGAGGAGAGCGGCGGGGGCCUGGUGUGGCCCCAGCAGCUGCCCCCGCAGCUGGCCCCGCCCUCCGUCUCGCCCCCCACCCCGCCCGGGGCCGCUCCCCCCAAGGCCUUCGUCAAGAUCAAGGCCUCUCACGCGCUCAAGAAGAAGAUCCUGCGGUUCCGAACGGGGUCCCUCAAAGUCAUGACCACCGUCUGAGACUACAACUCCCACAAUCCCCUUGUACAGCUGCCUCAUCUGUCUGCACCAUGCCCAACACUGCAAAAAAAAGUGUCUUAACAAGUGUUUUAGUCUUGUAAAGUGUCUUAAAAU